AUGGUUCAAUUCAAACAAAAAAAUAGGAGAUUUUCAUCAUUAAUAGAAUAUUUAUGGCGCUUAAGGGGUCUAUUAAGUAAAAGUCAUACUGGCGAAUUUUUAUCCGAAACAAUUGAAGAAAUAAUUGAUGAAAUUGGGUCCAGCAAAUUUUUCAUUAUUUGCUCUACUUCAUCCGCAAAUCGGAUUUUAACAAAGUUUAAUACUACGGGGACAUAUUUUAAAAAAGUCCAUCAAGGAGGAUGUUAUGUAGAUGUAAGAGAUCAUUAUCAACCAAGCGUUAUUGUAUUGCAAUGUGGAGCAGAUUCUCUCGGAAAAGAUAGAUUAGGAGUUCUUGGAGGUGGCGGUUAUAGAAUUCCUAAUGUAGCAAGAUGGUGGACUUAUGAAACUGGCUAUUAUUACUUGAUAUUGAAUUUCAUUAUUAUAAUUUUUUUGGUCCAGAUUUUUUCAUUACAUCCAAAAGCUGUUUCAAAAAUUUGGCAAAUGUUAUCUGAAGAACCAAUUUUCAGAACAAAAGUAGUACCUUUUACAAUGCUUACACAAGAAUUUUGGCUAUUAUGCGAAAGUUGGAUUUCUUCAAUUUUUGAAAUCACCAUGGCCACUUAUGGGUUCCAAGUGUUAACUUCCGGCGAAUUUAAAAGUACAUUAUUUGAUGGAAUUAAUGAGGAAUUUAGAGAUGCUGUAGAAAAUCUUUAA